AUGGGUGAUUGGAGCCUGCUGGGGAACAUUCUAGAGGAGGUGCAGGAGAACUCCACCUCAGUGGGCAAGGUGUGGCUGACCGUGCUCUUCAUCUUCCGCAUACUGGUGCUGGGCACGGCAGCCGAGUCCAGCUGGGGCGAUGAGCAGUCCGACUUCAUGUGCGACACACUGCAGCCGGGUUGUGAGAACGUCUGCUACGACGCCGCCUUUCCCAUCGCCCACAUCCGCUACUGGGUUCUGCAGAUCGUCUUCGUGUCCACGCCCUCACUCAUCUACAUGGGCCACGCCAUGCACUCCGUACGCAUGGAGGAGAAGAGGAGGCGCAAAGAGCAGGAGGAGAGGGAGAGAGACACUGAUGAUGACCAAGCAGGAGGAGGUGGAGGGAAGGGAGGUGAGAAGGAGUACCUACAGCAGAAGUACGAGCAGGGAGGAGGAGGAGGAGGUGUGCCGGAGGGUUCCAGAAAGAUCCAGCUGCGGGGGGCGUUACUGCAGACGUACGUGCUGAGCAUCCUGAUCCGCACGGUGAUGGAGGUGGGCUUCAUCGUGGUGCAGUACCUCAUGUACGGCAUCUUCCUGAAGGCGGAGUACAAGUGCACCACGCUGCCCUGCAAGAACAUGGUGGACUGCUACAUGUCACGGCCCACUGAGAAGAACAUCUUCAUCGUGUUCAUGCUGGCCGUGGCCGGCGUCUCGCUCUUCCUCAGCGUGCUGGAGCUCCAACACCUGGGCUGGAAGCAGCUCAAGGGCUGCCUCAGGAGCUACGCUGCCAAGCAGGCCCUCCACAGCACCAACACUAACGCCAGCGCCAACCACAAGAGUACUGCACCCAUCGCCAUUGCUAGCGCCACGGCAACCGGCUCCAUGGGGAUGGAGAGUGUGGACACACCCCCCUCCCACCCUUCUCCCGGUUACACACCCCCUCCAGACUUCCACCAGUGCCUGGCAGCAUCACGCGGCUCUCUGCACGGGUCCCUGCCCCCCUCCUGCCAGCCCUUCAGCACGAGCCUGGCUCUUCAGCAGAACUCUGCCAACAUGGCCACCGAGAGACAAAUGGAGCCCACGCACACACCCGACUUCCUGCGCAUGACCUACCAGCAGCCAAUCAGCAAUGGCCUGCCCAGAGGCCUGCCCAAUGGCUGCCCUUCCCCGGGAUCCAGUCCCGCCCCCAGCCCCGCCCUGCUCCAUGCGGCUCUGCUGAAGGACAAGCGGCGUCUCAGCAAGACCAGCGCUUCCAGCAGCGGACGUGUGCGACAGGACGACCUGGCUGUGUGACACACACACACAUGCUUGCACUGCACA